AUGAGUGCGUUUAGGGUUUCGAGCUCUGCUUGUGCUUCCGCUAACAUCCUGACUGCUCCGCGUUGUCCUUGUUUAGCAGCCAAAUCUCCCUCCUUUUCCACCCGCCUUCCCCUCUGCCACCCUCUCGUCCUCUCCUUCCUCCUCCUCCUCCUCUUCCCCCUCUCCCCCGCGCUCGCGCAAGUCCUCCCCUCAACCUACCGCGUGCUCUCCUUCGUCGACACCUUCUGCGCCUCCCCGCUCGUUCCGCCCGACCGCCGCGAGGAUGACCCCGUUAUGGGGCCGCUUCCGGGGGACACGGGCGCGGGGGGAACCGGUGCGGGUGGAACUGGUGCGGGAGGAACUGGUGCGGGGACUGGCGCGGGAGGUGCGGAGAACGCUGGGGCAGGGGAAGUUGGACCGAACUGCACCGUGUCGGUUUCCACAGGGCUGUUACCGUCGCGUGCUGAUGCUGAUGCGAACAACAGCGACAGUUACAACAGCUCGCAGUGGCGACUGACAUACGUUCUCGCAGUGGGUGUUGUCCCUACCGAUUUCGACUGGCCCGACCAGACUGUACAGUCCAUACGCGUUAACGGCCGCGAGAUGCUCAUAGCAGGGCCGUGCAGGCCCGUGGGUCGGUGCGGAGGGACCCGCCCGUUCGCGUGUUACAUGGGCGACGUGUCGUGGGCUCUGCCUGCGACCACUCGCAACCCAGCAACCAGUAACAGCAGCACUGCUGGUAACCCUAUCGUUAACGCAACCCUGACCGUUACAGUAACAGCGUCCGCGGAGGUAGCACAGCCGUGUCGCCUCUGCGGGGGCUUCCAGCAGUUACCCUGUCAGGUGUUACAGGCAGCGGUUCGCCUCACGGCCGUGCUCGUCCCAGUGGCGCUGAUGCAGCCGCAGCCAGGUCAGCCGCUACAGGAACAGCCUCCCUCUGGCGCCGCCACAGCUGUUGGUUCGACUACAGCCACAGGUUCGGGUGCAGCCGUAGGUUCGGGUGCAGGGGCAGGAGUGGGAGAGGCGACUGCAGCAGCUGCAAUACCAAGAGCCAGCGGCAGCAGCAGCAGCAGCGAUGCUGGUGGUAGCGAUCGGGGCGGAGGUGGCACGGCGCUUGUGGCACUGCAAGCGCGUUUGUCCGCGUCAUCCGCGUCGUCUGUAGCCUCUGUAGCGCCUCCAGCAUCUGUAGCGUCCGCGCCCGCAGUGGCGGUGUCAUUUGUGCGAGGGCCAGGGGGGGUGUCGAAGGUGGGGCGCGCGCGGUUCUCGUGGCAGGUGCUGGAGACGAGAGGCGCGCUCUCGCCCGCACGCUGUGACGCCUGCACCUUCCUCUGCCAGGUGCGUCCUCCCCUGCCCUCACCCCACCUCUUCCCCAUUCCCUCUUCCUUCAUGUCCCCAUCCUCUCUUCCCUCACUAACCCAUGCCUCCCCGCCUCCUCCUGUUCCCACCUUUCCUCAUUCGCAUCAUCGUUGCGCAACCCAACGUCCUCUGCACCUCUGCACGCGUCCAUUCCCACACGUCCGUCAUCACAUGCUUCUUUCUUUCCCUCUCUCACCUCCCUCUCUCGUACCCAUUCUCCUGUCUCCCUCUCCCUCCUCCUCUCCCACCUCACCCACCCACCUCACUUCCACCACCCUCCUCAUCUUCUCUCAACCCGCCAUUUCCUUUCCUCCCCGAACCCCCCACACUUCCCCUCCCCGUUCCCGUGCCCCCGAGGGUGGUUUACAGCACCUGGACUCGUUUCCCACCUUCCCCUGCCCUCGCAGGUGGUGCACAGCGCGUGGCCUCACAGACGGGCGGCACCUCUUCACAGUCACGGCGCUCAACCGAGGGCGCUUCAGAGACGCGCUUCCCAGCUUCCCGUGCCCCCGAGGGUGGUUCACAGCGCGCGGGCUGACGGACGGGCGGCACCGCUUCACAGUGACGGCGCUCAAGGGCGCCCCCGGGGUCACUGGUAGCCGCCUGCAGGCCGCUGCUGCUGCUGUUGGCAUGGACGGAGCAGCGGGGGGAGGCGGGGUGGGGGGAGGGAGAGGAGGGGGAGGAGCACAGGUGGAGGCUCAGGCGCAGGCGACAUAUGAAUGGGCCGUUGACGCAGCCAGUCCAGUGCCAACGCUGACAGUGGACCCGCCAGCAGCAAGGGAGGGCGCGGUGCAGAUCAGCGUCGCCUUUGACAAGCCCUGCCCGGGCCUGCAGUGCAAUGCCACUGCCUGCGACGUCGACGCGUCACCACAGGGCAUAGUGACCAUCCACCCCUCCUCCUUCGCUGCUUCCCUGUCUUUUCUCCCCUCCCUUCAUCCCCCAUCUUUGCCCACCCUCCCCUUCCCCUGUCAUCGCUCGUACACGUCAGAUCGAGGCAUCACCGCAGGGCGUGGGUUUGACUCGUAUGCUGUUAUCAGGAUAGACCGCGCCCCUCUGGAGGCCACGCUCUCGUGCGACACGCCCUUGGCAGUGGUGAAGUUCUUCACGCAGCUCAGAGCCACUCCGCGGGUCAGCCAGUCGCCCGUGACGUGCCGGGUGCUCUUCUCCAAGCCCGUCUCCUCCUUCUCCUCCACAUCCCUCGCUCUCGUCAACGCCACCACCAGCGACCCUCAGCCUGUCACUGACCUCGAGUACCAAUUCCAGGUGUGGCCCACGGGCGAGGGGUCAGUGGUGGUGGACAUAAGGCAUGACAACGUCACUGAUGCUGCAGGCAACACGUGCCAGCCCACACAACCCUUCUUCUUCUUCUUUGACACCACGGCGCCGACAGUGCAGCUGAGCGUGAGUGAGACCAUCGCCACCACGGACUGGGUGUACCCCAUCCUCGUCGCCUUCUCAGAGCCCGUGCUGGGCUUUAACACCUCCUCCAUCCACCUCUCCAAUGGAGUCAUCACCUGCUGGACAGGGGUUGACAGGGGUUUGGGGCGGUACUACGAGGUGACGGUGGCGGCAGUGAGCGAUGGCGAUGUGACAGUAGCGGUGCCGGCAGCAACGGUCGUGGACAUGGCAGGCAACCCCAACUCGCCCUCCAACACCCUCUCCCUCGCUCACUACGCGCCGGGCGAUGCGGGAGCGAUAACGGCGUGGGUGGUGACGGCGGUGGUGGGGUGGACGGCGCUGUCAACAGCAGCGGUGUCCCUCGCGGUGACCAUAAAGGAGUCCGACCCCACCUCCUCGCCCGGCAUCCGCAUCGUCUCCAACCGCCCCUUCCGUGCCGUCAGCACACCUGUCGUGGGCGCGGAUCCCUCUCGAAACGUUCUCCGCAUGGCCCUGCACCUGCAGGUGUUCGCCUUGACGCAGCACCUGGCAGUGCGCGUGCUGCCGCUGUUCUACCGCCAGCUCACAGGCGGGCUGCGCUGGACCUACUUCUACAUCAACGCGCCCUUCAAGAGCUCCUUCGAUGGGUGGAAGGGCGUCUACUCCUCUCCCACUGACGCCCCCGGCCAGGACAACAGCACCGCCCCGCCCUCCUGUGCUCCGCAUUACCUCGCCACCAAGGCAGACAGCUCUGCCUCCGCCUCCUCGUCCAACCCCUCUGCCUCGGCACAAUCCAAGCUCUCGUUCUGGUCUAAGUUCUUCUCCCCAGCAGCAGCACGCAACACAGCAGCUGACGGCACAGCAACACACUCCUCCCUCAAACCGCGCAAUCUCCGACGUGUUCUCGCCUCCUCCUUCCACUUCCUCCUCUCCUCUCUCUCCUCUCCCUCGCCCUCACAUUCCCACCGUGUGCCCCUUUUUAACACAAUACACUCCCCUCGCUCUCUCCGCAACCGCUUCAACACUGCCGACUCCUUGUCGCCCCCUGCCCAUGCCCAUGCGCACAUGCAAGCACGGCAACUAACCACAUCACAUGUGCACAUGCGGCAUGCAAUGUCGCAUCCGAGUCUGUCGCAUCCGAGCCUGGCGCACGGCCGCAGUUUGGGGUCGUCUCGAGCCCUGCCCUUCCACCCCAUCCCCUUCUCGCCCCCACCCACCUUCCACUUACGAGGCCUGCCCUUGACCGCCCCUUCUCUCCCCUCCUCCUUCCCCUCCUCCUUCCCCUCCUCCCUUCACUCCGCCUUCCCAUAUACUCUCCUCCCAUCGUCCCUAUCGUCCCAUCCGGCCACCCACUAUCAUCGCAUGCUUCAAGAAACGACUGCCAGCACCACCAGCAACAGCAGUGCAAGCGGUUACAGUGGCUUUAACGCGACUGCUCUUAUAGCCCUGGCAGUGGCAGGGGGUGGGACAGGCGGAGAUGCAGCAGCAGCAAUAGCAGCAGCGAGGGGGUUGGACCCCACGUUGCUGCCACGGCUGAGCGAGGAGGAGUAUGAGUACAUGCAGGCGUGGGGCGAUGCUUACUACUCGCACUUCCCCAACCUAUAUUAUUCCUACCAUGGCUUUGAGCAGUUCUGCGCGGUGCUCUUCUGGUUCGCGCUCUUCUUCUUCUCCCUCUCGCUCCUCCAGCUGCUCUUCCAGGGGGCGUGGCAGCACUGGCGCUACCAGUGGCUCUACGGCCUCCUCGACCCGCCGCGCCUCCAAUUCCUCCUCCUCGCGCUCUCCCUAGCCGGCAUCUCGUGGGGGUGCACGCUGCUGAUCAGAGGGAGCAUGGAGCCGGGCGGCACGGCGGCAGGGCUGGCAACGGGGGUGAUAGUGCUGUGCCUCUGGCCCGUGCUCUUCCUCAUUUUCUCCUUCUCGGUCGUCUGGUACAUCGUUGUUCAGGAGCAAUUCGCACGCUUCUUUGUGCGUGAGAUGACGGAGCCGCGCAACGAGGCGUGCAUCGCCUCCUUCGCGCGCGCCUUCUGGGCCGCACUCAGGCAGAAGCGACUCAAGGGCCACUGGGUCACCAUCACGCCCUCCCAGAAACACAUUCUUCCGAGAUUCGGGAUAUUUUUCGAAGACUUUACAGUGUGGGGGUCUGUGGGCGCCUGGGGGGUGCUCAAGGACCGGCUGAGGGCUGCCUAUGGCACUCUGGACUUUCUUAAAAUGGUGCUGGUGGGAGCGCUGGUGGGAGCAUGGAGCCCAGCAGGCAACGCUGUGGCACAGCAAGCAUGCCUGCUCACCCUCGCACUGCUGCAUCUGCUCUUCCUGCUCUUCCUUCAGCCAUUCACGGAGCGAGGCCUACAGGUGGUGGAGGCGGUGAGCUCAGGCGCGGAGGUGGUGCUGUUUGCAUGUGCGCUGGCCAUGGCCAUCGAUUGGGACAUGUCGUCCAGCUUCGCCGGCACUCUCGGGCUCGUCAUGGCACUCGCUGUCGGCCUCGCCUUCAUCGGCCAGCUCUUCAACCACUGGGUGGCUCUAGGCCAACAAAUCAACCGCAUGCUCAACCCGCCUGACGACGAUAGAAGCCCGUCGCACCGAUCGGACGGGGACGAUUUCUCGGAUAACGAUGACGAUGACCUGGACGACGACGACGAUGACGAGGAUUUUGACGACGAGGACGACGGGAACGCCACUAACAUGGCAGCCAUGUGCUGCCGUAACACUCCCUAA